CGCAGUGCCUGCGCGACGGGCCGCUGACCGCCAGGUCAGCACUUCGAGUACCAGCCACUCCGCCGGCGAAAGCACUUUCUGCAGUGCUGACGUAUUUCCAUUGAUUAUUAAAGAGACAAAGAGCCCAACAGGAGGAAGCUCCACAGGCCUGCCUUUGGGAAUCUUCGCGACGAAGGGGGCACGUCCAUUCAAAUCGCGAGCACCGUAGAAGCAGCGCAGACUCGAGCCCGGGUUCCGCUGCCUCCCAAAGCCCCGGAGCAACAAUGGUGAACUGGAGACGGAAGCUAACCCAGAAGCUCACCAAGCCGAACCUUUGUGGGUCGCUGCGGGGUCUCGCGCUGCUAGUCCCGCCUCACUCCAAAGCCCCGCCCAGAUCAUGGAGUUGGGAGGGGAGGUUUCCAUGGUGACGGCAAACAGGCCCAGACUGAAGGGGCCACUUCUGGGUUACUACCCCUCGUUACCGCCAUGAUUCCCCCAGCGGACUCUUUGCUCAAAUAUGACACGCCGGUGUUGGUGAGCCGAAACACCGAGAAACGGACUCCCAAAGCUCGGCCACUGAAAGUCAGCCCCCAGCAGCCUGGACCCUCAGGGCCAGUCCCACAGCCACCAAAGACCAAGGUCCCCUCAACAUCCUGUGUCCCAGACCCUACAAAGCAGGCGGAAGAAAUCUUGAAUGCCAUUCUGCCCCCAAGGGAGUGGGUGGAAGACACUCAGCUAUGGAUCCAGCAAGUGUCCAGCACCCCCAGCACCAGGAUGGACGUGGUGCACCUCCAGGAGCAGCUGGACCUGAAGCUGCAGCAGCGGCAGGCCCGGGAGACCGGCAUCUGCCCCGUGCGCCGGGAGCUCUACUCGCAGUGCUUCGAUGAGCUCAUCCGAGAAGUCACCAUCAACUGUGCAGAGCGGGGGCUGCUGCUGCUUCGGGUGCGUGACGAGAUCCGAAUGACCGUCGCCGCCUACCAGACCCUGUACGAGAGCAGCGUGGCCUUCGGCAUGAGGAAGGCGCUGCAGGCCGAGCAGGGGAAGUCGGACAUGGAGAGGAGAAUUACAGAGCUGGAAACGGAGAAGAGAGACUUGGAGAGGCAAGUGAAUGAGCAGAAGGCGAAGUGUGAGGCCACCGAGAAGCGGGAGAGCGAGAGGCGGCAGGUGGAGGAGAAGAAGCACAACGAGGAGAUCCAGUUCCUCAAGCGCACCAACCAGCAGCUCAAGGCCCAACUGGAAGGCAUUAUUGCACCAAAGAAGUGAUAAUUUCCAUAUGGGUUGACAGAAGGUCUACUCUCCCAUCGUAAGCCCUUUGUAAUAAAAAGCUAGUUUCACGAGUGAACAAGCCAUCUACCCGCCCCUGAUCACCACCCACAUACUUGUUAGAAGUCAACGCUCUUGCCCCCAUGUCGUGAAACAGCUAAGGCCUGGCAGCCAGGCUCCUGGUGGGGCGCCGGAGGUGGUCGCACAGGUUAGUCUCAGUAUGCAGCUUGCUUUGGGAUUUGCCAACUCAAACGUUUAGGCUGAGAAUCAGCCUGUCUGCGGUGCCCUCCCAGCUGAAGCGAUGUUUUUUUUACCGCUCCGAACCACCAGAUUUCUGGCCAAAUGAAACUGCUUCCGCCUUCCUGACUGUUGGGGUCCAUAGUUCGUUCUGGACGUUAACUGGGGCUUCACACUAGAGCAGUUAGUGGGAUUUGUUCUGGAACUCGGUUUGGUAACGCAUGCCACCUGCCAGAUCUCCGGGGCCCCUUUCUUUAGGAAAACAAUGGCAGAGUCUCGCCUAGGAAAAGUCAAUGUUGGCUGCAAAGAUAGACAAGUUGGGGUGUCCACUGUCUUUGCACCUCAGAUUCCCCUCCAGUUGUAAGGCUCACCCCAUCCUGCAGAAGAAAACCAACCUAACCCGAGCACCCCAAACCCCUUUGCAGUUUUAAUGAUUAACGACCAGGCCAUAGACAGCUCCAGUUCUUAAGUUAAACUAGCCCGUCGGUGGCUCAGGCCUGUUCUGGUUUUGUAGACUCUUGACUACUGGCUUGGCAGCAGACAUCUCUAAUUCAGGGCAGACCAGGGUGGCCCAGGCACCCAGCUGGGUUCCCAACAGUCAGUCAAGUUUCCCAAGCACCAUACCAUCUGCAGGCACUUUCCUGGAACCCCUCAAGUGGGCAGGGCACCCUUGAGGUGGCCGGAGGGACUUAAUCCUCAGCAGAGAG